UGACGAACUUCAAGUACUAGUUCAUACUUGGAACUUGACGCAUGGGUAAAAAGUAAUAAGGGUGUAUGUGUCUUUAUAAAAUGUGAACAAGGCAAAUUUUUCAGAAAAGCGAAGGAAAUGGAUUUCGACUAUUAUGGCUUAAAUCAUUUUUCUGGAAUUUAUUUAUGGUCAUCGGUUCCUUUUGAAUAACAAAGAAUUUUGAAAGGUUUAACUUAUCUAAGGAAUAAAUUAGACAUGUUUCGUUGAUCUUUCAAACCAGAGCACGCCAUGAACUACAGAAUACGCUCCAGCUAGUUACGCCAUCUAAAUACGAAUAAGCUGUGCCCGUGUUAUGCUGCUUUAUCAUAACCGGAAUGAAAGACCAAACAGAUCUUACCACGCAGUCCCUCGCUGUGGAAGUUGCUGUACUACCUGCCGAACCUGUUCUCUAUCCGCCUAGCGGACUCCGCGAACGAUACGAAUCGCGUCGCCAUGCACAACACGACAGCUUGCUACAAACGCUGCAAUCCGAGAUGCGGUCGAUUGCCCGUAUGACGGAGCAGUCCCACUCCUCGCUCUUGGCAUCGCUUCGAGAGGUUCUCACUGCCAGCCAUUCCCAGAUGCGUGAGAUGUUGAAUUCCCUCGAUCCGCAAAAGGUCACCGCUCCCCAGCUAUCGUUGGAGCAAUAUCGCAAUGCAGAAAAUGCGAUAUCCGCGCAAGCUGCUUUCAGAAGAGAGAGAAUAGAGAAAGCCAUGGAGGACGUAGACGCUUUGGAAUCGGUGCGGGUGGCGAAAGUCGCGGAUGUGUUUGAUCGGAUAAAGAUUAACUUGAUCGCCAAAUCCCAUCUGAACCCCGAUGAUGUAGGCGACCUUAUGGAGCAAGAGUUGGUGAUUGUUAACGAUGUCCUGCUCCGAAAUCGCACAGUAUUUGUGGAAGUCUUCAAGCGGAUGCUGACGGAGAACGUUUAUAGCGAAAAACGGGAUUGUGCCAGACUGGGUUUGUUUAGGAAGGAAUGGACGGAAGCCCUGGCUGCGCAUUAUGUGGAAGACGGUUUGCAGGUACUGGAGAAAGCUAUCAGCAAAGUCAUUGGCUCAUCCAGGUCCUCAUUAGCUAAUUGGGAGAGAAGAUUGAAAGGUCAGCAAGUCGAAUUUGUGCAAAGUUUGGAAGAUGUAAUGCGACUGAUCCCUCCGGAUCUAUCAAUGGAAAAAUGCAAAGAAUGGCUCAACAAAGCCCUCGGUGCGCUGGAGACGUUCUACGAAGAUUUUGCGCAAGGUGUAGAUUCCAUCCGCAAGCAGUGCUUCGACGCAGCUACCAGCACGAGUCGCUCCAUCUUGAAGCGCUCUAAACCGCUUCCUGAUUCUCUAUCCGUGUCCCAUGAUUUUAUCCGUGUGAACUUAAUCGACGUGUAUCUUCAUCGCUCCGCCCGUUAUUUAUCGCGUGUUAACAACGAUCUCCAGUUUUAUGUUCACGCGAUUAUGCUGAAGAAGAACGACCAGAUCACCGCAAUGCGUGACCUUUUCGCGUUCGUUCACGGCAUCGCCUGGCACUGGGAGCUGCACUGUAGCGGUGUCGCCAAGGCGGAGGACCUGCUGGAUACGCAACUGCAGAAACAGCGUAUGGCACUGAAUACUGCUGUGGAUGCGAAGAUUAACCCGAAGAUCCAGAGCACGCUGGAUAGUCUGCGGUAUGUGAAUGUGAUGACCGCGGCAACGGCAUUGACGAAUGCACUGCAGGCUUCGUAUAACGAAACGGAUAAAGCUGUUAGCGAGGCCGGGAAGAAGAUGGCGAAGCUUGUGGGAGGCUACGAGACAAUAAUGACCAUUCUCCUGCGCGGAUACCAGAAACGCGUGUAUGCAUAUAUGCAAGUCAGUGCAAAGCCAGUCGAAAGUGAUGUCAUUAUUGCCGAAGACGGCACUCAAAGUCUGCCCCAAACGGAUCCACUGGCUGACCUGUCGUCCGGAAAUCGCCGGCUCCCGGAUAUCCCUGUUUCCGCUAAUGAGCGACGUCUGCUGAAAGAACUAGGACUGACGCUGGCUGACGAAGAAAACAUUGGCCUGCGGCUGAAACUGCUUCCACCGUUCCAGGACGAUCCACGCGGCAACCCGCCGACAGACGACAUCGUCACGCGGAAAGGAAUUACCUUCGUUCCUGCUCCGGUAUCAUUACAACAGAGCCAGCGCUUCCCUAAGGAAAAGGAUACCGGGAAGAAGGAGCCUGAUCCCAGGAUGACCGAAUCUCAGUUAGAGAUUCUGAAUGAGGUUGUCGAUCUACCGGUACACUCCGGACUCAUUUCCUUGGAUGAGUACAUGGCGAAUGCACCGGAAGAGCAAGUGAAUAAGAUAUUUGAAGAUGUUCGUGAGCGAAUGAGGGUAGCUGUGCUGACGCAUGCCUCUGAUAAUUGGUCAGAUGAAUUUCGCCAACGAAGCAUGGGUUGGCUGGAUGCUAAGCGAGAGCUCUGCGAAGCGGAAAUGAAGAUGCGAAUGCAAGCCGCCAGUUUGCGAUGGCAUACUCUUCAGGAUACCAUUGUGGCGACACGGGAAAAAGAGUUGACGGAACACGAUGCAUCCUAUAAACAGCGAGAAGCCGAGUUGGCUAAGAUUGUCGCGUGGGCAAAGGAGGAGAUAGCAGUAGUUGGUAACGAAUCCACGGAGAAGUGCGCGCCAAUGAAAGAUAGAAUGUCGAGUUUGGAGAAGACAUUCUUCACGGCUUCCCGUGCUGACCAAAUUGUUCAAAUACAAGGACAGAUUAAGGAUGACGCAGUACCGUUUUACGCCUUGCUCAGCGGCGUAUACAGCACCCUUAAAGCAAAGAUAACCGAAAGAAUACAGCUACUUCUGGUCGACUGCAAAAGCGUAUUGUCCACGGUCCAGAAAUUUCCCGAUGGUGGGACUUACACGCCGGAAGAACACAAACAAUACACGCAGCUCUACCAAAAGCUAAUGGAGAAAUGUGCCGCCACCGAGAAAUCGCUGCUGGACGAAUGCCGCAACACCGAAUCCAAACGACGCCAAGCGUUGGAAGCACUGGCGGCUAAAACAUUGGAGAUUGUACCGCAGCAUUUGAUGGAUGUCAACAUCAUUACGGUCUUGGCCGAGAGACUGGAGAAAACGCAAACAGCUAUCAAAGCGCGAGCGGCUGUUGUUAAUACUGCGUUUGGGUCGUGCCACAAUGGAUACGAGGUUCUACGGAAAUUAGCAGAAACGGAUGCGGCACGGUGUCCCGAAGAAGAGAUAUGGCACCAGAUUGGACGGAUGCUUGAAGACUUUGAAACAGCUGCUACAUCACUCGGUUGCCUCCGCCCAGACCAGCCUAUCCCAGUCCCUCUUCCAGUGCAUCUUGAACCGGAGCCUCCGAAAACUCCGAUUCCAGCCGGAAAAGCCAAAUCGUCAAACCGAAAAUCUAGUCCCAUGCCGCCCGCCCCGCCUCCACCUCCUCCUAAGCCGCCUGAUCCACCCACCGAUUUCCAGCUGACCACAAUUGACGGACCGCUCCCGCUAGUGAACCCCGGAAUUAUUGUCCUACCCGAUCCAAAAAGCGUCAGAGCAGGCAAGCCCGAAGCUGCCUCGACCAGCGAUAUGGGGAAGAAGCCCCGCGGAUCCGUUACUGGACCACGGGGAUCCAUCACCGGAAACAAGAAGAACCUCAAGAAACUGGAACGGUUUUUUGUUUUUGGUGAUGCACCGACUGAUCAUCCCGUCACCUUUUUAGAGGUGGUUCAUAAGGAAUGUUGGAUGGCGCUGAACGAUGUACUGGCAGCAGCAGAAGAGUACUAUCGGCUGAAAGGAAAUCGACCGGUUACACGACCGCAGCUUUUGCCGCCGACUGCAGAGCUCCUGGCAGAGCGGCUGUGCAAGAAGUUACUGAACUACCAAACACAGUCGGAAAACUUUGCUCAUUAUGUUAUGGAGAAGAUGCGAGACCUGUCGAAGAAGAUUAUCGAGAUGGUGCCUCGGUUAGCUGCAAAGCUAUUCAGGGAAAUCUUUACACCGUACAAACUGGAGAUGUUGAUUGUGCAACGGCUAACGGUGGAGAAAUUCAAUGCCAACUCCGCUUCUGUCAGAGACAGUCGUAGAGAUGUGGAUGUUCUGCAGCUUCCGGAGGAACUGGUGCGGAAUAAUGCCAUUAUACCAAUGCUCGAGGUCAUCGCCGAUCGCAUGAAAAGCUACUGGGACGGCACUCUCUCACAGGUGACGCUGACCUUCCUGUCCAAAUUUAUCCGGUGCACCGAUGCUUUUUUCCGCGAAUGUGAUAGGAUUAUUCCGCCGCGCGACGUUAAACGACCGCUCCUGCCGCACGCCAUCGUAGCGCGACCGCCCUCGCCGCCCGUGGACACGCCCGAACUCGACCCCGGACCGAAGACGUGGAAAGCGCUGGACACCAGCGAUAUGGCAACGGCAGACACGCUCCCAACUGGUGUUGAUAUUGCCUGUGAGAAGACAACUUUAGCGCAUGUGGAGCUGAACGAGACGCGGCAUGCCGUGUUCAGAGAGUUCCUGGAGUUAUACCGCCAAAUGCAAUCAACCCGGGAUUAUUUUGCCGUGGAAAAGGAGAACGUGCAACGCAGUAUGGAAAUAAGAGCAUUUCAGCAACUACAACUACGUAAACUGGAAGCAGUAGGCUUGAUGCGAACUGUGUGAUAGCUCUUGAAGCCUGGGUGUUUGGUAUGUAAAGACUUUCAGUCUGUUACGGAAACUACGUCAUUAUUUUGUCUUAAGGUCGCAAUAACUGAUAGAACAUCUCUGCUCAUGAACAAAAAUAAAUGUCAGGAGCAAAAGAUUGGCUUUUUCGUGAGAGGAAUGUCGAACAAAUGUGCUUUCCCGCGCGUUUAUUACGUUAUACUCGUAUAAAAAACAAUCGAUUUGGCAUACAA